CUGCUGUGCGUUGUGCUGUUUUUGUCUUGGAGUUUAUUGUUUGUAAAACUAAAAUGUAAAAUGAGUAGACCUUAAUUCCAUUUUGAAUCAUUAUAAAAGUAAAAUAACUGUCAAACGUCAGACAUAUUUGCAAUAAUGUCGUCAUUUCAUGAGAGGCAAAAAAAUUUGUUUGCGCAUCUAAAGGAUGCGGAAGAUCAGUGUGGCUUUUCGAAAUCUAACAAGGCUACCGACGUACAAGAUUACGGUAUAGUCGAUAAACGAACGUACAGAAAACUAAAACACGAAAUGAAGCAGUUCAGAGGCCGAGAAAGCAUAUUCAAAAGGGAAGGGGCCAAUAUAAAGCAAUGUUUAAAGAACAGAACCAUUCCUGAUCACAUAAAGAACCCUAAAAACUGGGUCUAUUACUCCCUGUCAGAUGUUACCCCAGAUCAGAUGUCAGAUUCUACAAAUACAGCCACAGCACUUGCUUUUAUCAGAGAGAUGGAAGCAAGAGAUGCAAAAUUGAAAAUAGAUCACCCCGACAUGGAUGAAACAGGGUUGUUCAAGAAACCAACUUUCCAGUUUUCUAAAACUAUAAAACAAGAGAAGAAUGAUGAAAAGGCUACUUUUAAGAGUAGCAAGGUUAUAAUGCCAGAGUAUGUUGUUGGGGUUACAAAACAAAAGAAAGCAAAAAAGUUGGUAGCAAAAAAAGAAGAAACAGAAUUUAAGAAUGAAAAGAAAGUUGAAUUGAAACUGAAUCAUUUGUAUGAUGAUGAAGAUGAGAAUUAGCUCUUAAUGUUUGUAGCACCUAAUAUUGUAACUACUUAAUUUUAAGU